AUGGACCCUCCCGCCGAUCCCCCUCCCGCCGUCGUGUGCUACCACUACCCCUGCCUGGACGGCGUUUUCGCGGCGCUGGCCGCGCGGCUGGGCCUCCCAGAGGGCGGCCCACGGGUCAGAUUCGUGCCGCUGACGGUGCACUCGCCGCCGUCGUGCGCGGCCGACCUGGGGCUGGAGGGUGGCGAGCAUGUUUAUUUGCUGGACUACGUGGGGCCCAGGGGUUUUGCCUUGAAUGUUGCAAAGGUGGUGCGGAGGCUCACCGUGCUCGACCACCACAAGACAGCACUGGACAUUCUGCCCGGAAGGGGAAGUGGCUGUCCUGCCAACAUGGAUGUUGUGCUGGACAUGAAGAGGAGUGCUGCCACAAUUGCAAUGGACUACUUUAAACCACGUGCAGUUUUGGAUUCGCCAAAAUUGAGAUGGGCAUUCCGAUAUGUUGAGGAUGCAGACCUUGCCCGCUGGAAGCUCAAGAACAGCAAGCCCUACACAGCAGGCAUUGCCCGAAAAAAUCUUGAGUUCGACUUCAACAAGAACCCACGCAUUUUUGACCAGCUGCUGCGCCUCGAUACAGCAGAGAUGACGCGUAUGGGGCGUAAAAAGAUGCGGGCAGAUUUGGGACUUAUGGAGCCCAUUGUGCGGCAGGCCUUCGAGGUGGCGAUUGGCGGGGCAGAUGCUGCUGGGAGGGACUGGGGCAGGUGCCUAGCAGCGCGAGCGGACGACCUGCACCAUCUGCGCAGCGGAAUCGGAAACAGGCUUGCAAGGAUGUCCCGCGCACGUGGUUUGCGGGCGAUCGGCCUGGUGGCUUACUUCGAGCCAGAAAUGAAUGACAGGAGGAAGAUCAAGUGCAGCCUCCGCAGCCUGGGGAGGGAGGACACGACAAAGAUCUCCGAAUUCUUUGGUGGUGGGGGCCACACCAAUGCGAGCUCCUGUUUCGUUGACUUUGAGGCCUUUCAGACUUGGAGAACCUGA